AUGCGUAUCGGGUUGCUUAGUGUAAAGGGCGAGAAAAUUUUGGAUAGUGUUCGCCAACUGAUACGAGCCCUCAAUUAUCAGCAAACGGCCAACGAUUGCAACGCUUCAAAGUGGGGCCCCGGCGUGAUGCUGAAAUGCAUUGCUGCAAUUGGCUCAAUCUUGUGGAUAUCGACCAUUAUAUUCGUCUACACCCAAUUAUCCACCAACUCAAAUGUGCCCGCAAGAAGUAGCGAAUCAAUAAGAAAUUGGCGAGAAACACUGGAGAUACUUGAGACCCUCAAAUCGCAAAAUGACGAGUUGAAGCGGAUUAUUGAAGCGGAAAGAGAGCAACGCGAAAAAGAGCAUAGCACAAUAUUAUUGGCCCAGCAGAAUGGAAAUGCAAAAAUUGGGGACGAUUCUCCAAAACGAGUUCUCGCGCCGCCAAUGAAUGCCGAAUCUCAGGCAAAUGAGCUAAAGUUUAAUGUCGAAGUGGAGCGACGAUUAUUAGAUGAUAGGAUUAGAGAGAUGUUCUACCGUGUGCAUAGUAGCGGAAUUCAAAAAGACGCCAAAUCGCGAUUCGAAGAACAAUUGAUCAGUUUAAUGGGUUUGUCGGGACGAUUGGAAGUCGCCGACGGCAGCGAAGAAGUGCGACGAAUCAAGCGAAAAAAGAUUACCGAGCGAAUCAUGAGCGGAAUUCAGAAGCUGCAGAAGCCUGAAGCUUGCAAUAAAGCAAAAAUUCUGGUUUGCAAUCUUAAUAAAGAAUGCGGCUUUGGUUGCCAGUUGCACCAUGUCACCUAUUGCGCCAUUUCGGCGUUGGCGACUAUGCGAACGCUGGUCCUACAGAAUAACGGAAAAUCGUGGAAAUACUCGCGAAAUGGCUGGGAAUCUGUAUUCCUUCCAAUAUCACCAUGCAAAUACGACGAUGCCGUUGCGAGCGAUUUGCCGGUUCAAUUUUCUGAGCAUUCGCAAGCAAGAGUGGUCUCGUUGGGCAUCGUUGACUCAUUGGUCCGACGUCCCGAUUUUCUGCCGCAAGCUGUACCGUCCAGUAUAAUCAACGAUUUGAUAAUGCUUCAUUCAAAUCCGCCGGCAUUUUUUAUUGGAACGGUAAUUUCAUAUUUGAUGAGAAUGAAUCCCGAAACACAGAAGAAGCUCGAUGAAGCUGCUAGUAAGAUUCCGAUUGAAAAAGGCCCGAUUGUUGGCCUCCAAGUUCGUCGUACUGACAAAGUCGGAACGGAAGCGGCGUUCCACAAAUUGUCGGAAUAUAUGGAAUGGACUGAAUAUUGGUUUAAAGUUGAAGAGCGAAAAUUGGGCAGGAAUGUGACACGACGAGUAUUUAUUGCAUCCGAUGAUCCAUCUGUUGUGCCCGAAGCGAAGAAAUCAUACCCACAAUAUGAAGUCUAUGGUAGCACGGAGAUUGCGCAGACGGCACAGGUCAAUAACAGAUACAGCGAUGAUUCAUUGAUAGGAGUUAUCACUGAUAUUUACAUUCUUAGCAAAUUAGAUUAUUUGGUUUGCACGUUUUCUAGUCAGGUAUGCCGAAUGGGAUAUGAGUUGAGGCAACCGACUGGUGCUGACGAUGGCUCGAAAUUCCAUUCACUAGAUGAUAUUUAUUAUUUUGGUGGUCAACAAGCACACGAGGUUGUUGCAAUUGAAGAUCACGCGGCUCACAGUCAAAUUGAAUUCGAUUUCAAAACUGGAGAUAAAAUUGGAAUCGCUGGAAACCAUUGGGACGGAUUCUCGAAGGGAUCGCAUCGGAAAACAUCGAAGACUGGAUUAUUCCCAUCGUAUAAAGUGAUGAACGACUGGAGGACUUACAAUUUUACAGUAAUAGUUUGA